UCUCUGUCCCCAGCCCGAACACUGGGCUCUCAGCCACGACCUGCUCGGCUGCCGCUCAUGUGACUGCGACGUGGGAGGUGCCCACAACAACCAGUGUGCCGCCGAGACGGGGCAGUGCCACUGCCGCAGCCACAUGGUGGGCCGGACGUGCAGCCAGGUGGAGCCCGGCUUCUACCUCUCCCGCCUGGACCACUGCACCUACGAGGCGGAGGAGGCCCGGCUGCGCCAGGGCGUGGUGGUGGAGCGGGCGCAGCCCACGGACCGGCCAGCCACGUGGACGGGGGCAGGGUUUGCCCACGUGCCAGAGGGCGGGGCCGUGGAGUUCCUGAUCAGCGACGUGCCCGCCUCCAUGGAGUACGACGUGGUGAUCCGCUACGAGCCCCAGCUCCCGGAGCCGUGGGAGGAGGUGAAGCUGUGGGUGCUGCGCCCCGGGCCCAUCCCCACCGGCAGCCCCUGUGGGAACACCAUCCCUGCUGACGACCGGCUGGCCACGGCGCUGCCGCCCAGGGCCAGGUACGUGCUCCUGCCCCAGCCCGUCUGCCUGGAGCGCGGCGUCAGCUACACCCUGCGCCUGGAGCUCACCCGCUACACGUCCCGCCAGGCGGUGCCCGGUGCCAGUGUCCUGCUCGACUCGGUGAGCCCGCGGAGCUGGGGGGGCCAGGCUGGGCCUGGCUGACAGGCCAGGGGGAUGGGGC